UGGCAUAUUGUCUGUGCAAGUUCACCCACACUGCUCACUCCUGCCUCCCGCGUCCCCGAUGAGCGUCCGCGGAGCGCAGCCUAACUGAGCCAGCGGAGCCGGCGGCGGAGGCAGCCCCCCAUGGUUCAGAGCGCCGCAGUCAGCAGCAUCCGUGGGGAGCCCAGGCGAUGCUGGGGAGGCGGCGGAGCAGCGCGUGUCACCUCCACAUAAGCUGGACAGGUUUGAAUAUCUGUCUCCAUGCUAAAACCUGAGUGAUUUAGAAGAAAAGGACGGCCUCGGGGCGCAAGCGGAGCAUUGCUGCACGGCAGCCCGGGAGCACGGCACGGCGCUGAACAUGACCACAGACAGUUUUGCAGAGUUCCUGAAUAAGCUCAAAGAAAUCCACGAGAAAGAGGUCCAAGGUCUGCAAACAAAGCUAACGGAGCUGACGACGGAGAAAUGCUGUGAUGCCCAGCGGAUUGAAGAGCUCUUUGCAAAAAAUCACCAACUAAGGGAACAACAGAAGGUCCUUAAGGAAAAUGUGAAAGUGCUAGAAAACAGGCUGCGAGCGGGUCUCUGCGACAGAUGCAUGGUCACCCAGGAACUGGCGAAAAAGAAGCAGAAUGAAUACGAGACCUCCCACCUCCAGAGUCUCCAGCACAUCUUCAUCCUCACUAACGAGAUGAACCGCCUGAAGGAGGAAAACAAAGCUCUCAAGGAAGACCUCAAGCGGCUCCGAGGCCUGGAGGACAGGAUAAAGCACCCAGGAGUCAUCUCCAGAGAAAGCAGUUCCACCCCCAAUUUCCCCUUGGCUUUGCUGUCUCCAGUAAGCAGGACCCCCAGCACCGACAAAGCAGCUCAGAGAGGGGCAGAAGAGGCACACCACGACGUGCCAGGCCUCGAGCCGGGAGAAGAAAAGACUACAGGAACGAGAAAUUCUCCAGGCAGUAGGACUUCCCCAAGCACUGUCCUCCAAGAAACCAGCCUUGCAGAAAUGACAUCCCAGAGGAUCGCCAACCAGCUGCACGGAACCUUUGCCUUGGUGAGACCUGGCUCGAGACCGUGCCUCCCAGAAAAAAGUCCUCCAGGGGCUGCAUUGUCCCCACCAGCAAGGAAGACCCCUCUGCAGCCGGAGCGUGAGCACAGCCCCAGCCUCGAGGCUUAUGCAGCAGCAAGCAAACUGGACUCCCCCAAGGUUGCUCCAUCCUACGAAAACUUAAAACUGACCGCCAGGACGGAGCAGCUCUGCCUCCUCAACAAGCAUUUUCCCCUGCAGCAGCUGGGGCUGGCGAGUAACCACGCUUCUGCCGACAGGGACGGCAGCUUCUCCAGCCAGUUCCUCAGGGCCAAAGACGCUGAAGGCAGCACGAGGGCACGCGACGACUGGGAAGAUCGCGCAGCCGUUUUCAAGCUCCCCGCCGCCGUGGUUUACAUGCGGGAUCAGCAUCUGGAGGGGAAACUCCACCUCCUCCAGCACCGGGAGCGGCUGCAGCACCUCCUCGCUCACCAGCGCCCGCAAAGCCUCCGCGCCAGGGCGGACGGCGACCCCGGAGCCGCUCCCGAGGAGCGGUCCCUGUCCCCGUGGCUAAGCGUCACACCAGGACGCAAAGAGGAGAGGUCCUUCCUGGAGGACGCCGCGGAUGGGAAAGAUGAGAAAGAGCUUUGGCUAAGCCGGGACGGCUCCGAGCUCGGAGAGAAGGCCGAGGCGGCGAGGGACUACGGCGCAGACGUACCGCUGGACCUAUCGGACCCCGGCCGCGGCAGGGAGACGGGCUGGCACAGCUCGCCGGAGCCGCGGGAGGCUGGCCACGGGCGGCUGAGCCCCACGGAGAGCCCCGCUGUUCCGGCAGCCCGGGGCCCCUGCGGACGGCGCGGGGCAGAGUGGGAUGACUUGCCCCUCACCUACUGCCGCCUCCAAGCCGCCCGCGCCCAGCCCAGGGGCCAGCCCAGCGGUGUCAAGGAGGAGGAAGAGGAGGAAGAGGAAGCGGCUGUGGCCCAUCCUACAAGCAAGUCAACGUCGAGUGACCCUGAGGCCCUUCCGGAGACCAAGACGAGACUGUCUCUCAAUGCACAGAAGGGAGAACCAGAUGACGAUGAUGCUGAGUCUGGGAAGCAGGACUCUGACGAGCCCGACACAACGGACAGUGAGGUCGCUGCCCCAUAUGAACACAACAUCCCACAAGAAGCCCAAGCUGAAGAAAAAUAUUUUUGUGUGAAAGACAGAGCUCAUGUGCUGCUAAAGAAGCGAAAAAGAGCACAGGAUGCCUGGACAAAAGCAUCAAAGAAGACGCCGAGGGGAAGAAAGAAAGUCCAAGCCGAAGAGUGCCCAGCUGGGGCACCGGUGACCACCAAGACCCUGGAGAACAGCUCCGCUUCCCAGCACGAUGCCUGCGAGGAGAGCUAACGGCAGGGCGGGAGGAGAAGCCACGGGGGCACGCGGCAGUGCGGAGGAGAGGGCCGGGCUGGCUCGGAGACCUCCCACGCCGGGAGCGCGAUGACUCCUGCGGCGCAGGGCUGGGCGGCGGGGACCUCGCGAGGGUUCAGUGAGGACACUGGGCUGGGCAGCAGGGACCGCAUGAGGACACCCGUCCUGGGUGCUCCUGGAGGAGGCUGGCGGCAUCGGUUAAACCCGACGGCGGUUAAACCUGCGCGGCCCCCUUGCUGGAGCAGGGCCAGGCUGGCGGCUUUCCGUCCCGGCUGAGGGCCGGGGGGACGUGUCCCCCCGGGAUGGCGUGGCGCGCAGGCCGGCCGCGGCAGCACCGCCACGAGCUUGUUUCCACGUGGAUAAAUCGCUCUGGAAAGAC